CCCACAAUUCAAGUAGGUUCCUUCCAGCAUGGUCGAAGAAGAGCUGUUUUGAAGCUUUGCUCUGCAAGCACCAGAAGAGGACCCAUAAAAAGGAAGCCAACAGCAGAUGUAAUCACGGAUGUGGCUUAGCCUUUGCAGCUGCCCGAGACGACUGUUCGGAGCUUACAAUCCUCAGAAAUGAAUCCAGAAGAGCGAAUCGUGACAUGGCUUAUAUCCCUGGGGGUUUUAGAUUCCCCCAAAAAGACCAUCUGUGAUCCAGAGGAGUUCUUGAAGUCCUCACUGAAAAAUGGGGUAGUGCUGUGUAAACUGAUCAACAGACUGAGGCCUGGCUCUGUAGAAAAGUUCUACCUGGAGCCCCAGACUGAAGCCGAGUGCACCCACAACAUCAACGACUUUCUGAAAGGCUGUGCCGCCCUGCAAGUAGAGGUAUUUGAUCCUGAUGACCUCUACUCAGGAGUCAAUUUCUCCAAGGUUCUGAGCACUCUUUUAGCUGUCAACAAAGCGACAGAAGAUCAGCUCUCAGAGAGACCAUGUGGACGCUCUUCUUCUCUUAGCACUGCUAAUAGUUCGCAGACAAACCCACAGGGAGCCGUUUCUAGCUCAGUUCCCAAGCUGCAGAGGCAGUCAAAGGCAGUGGAGAUGACGGAAAAUGGGAGUCACCAGUUGGUAGUAAAGGCAAGAUUCAACUUUAAGCAGAAUAAUGAAGAUGAACUGUCAGUCUGUAAAGGGGACAUCAUUUAUGUCACUAGAGUGGAAGAAGGAGGCUGGUGGGAAGGCACAUUAAAUGGGAGAACAGGCUGGUUCCCUAGUAAUUAUGUCCGAGAAAUUAAAUCCAGUGAAAGACCUCUCUCCCCCAAGUCUGUCAAAGGAUUUGAAACUGCUCCACUUACCAAGAAUUAUUAUACUGUGGUGUUACAGAACAUCUUGGACACCGAGAAAGAUUAUGCUAAAGAACUGCAGUCGCUUCUUGUUACUUACUUAAGACCCCUACAGUCCAAUAACAACCUGAGUACCGUGGAGUUCACAUCUUUACUGGGAAACUUCGAGGAAGUAUGCACGUUUCAACAGACACUCUGCCAAGCUUUGGAAGAAUGUUCUAAGUUUCCAGAAAACCAGCACAAAGUAGGAGGUUGUCUACUUAAUCUCAUGCCUCAUUUUAAAUCCAUGUAUCUGGCUUACUGUGCAAAUCAUCCUUCAGCGGUAAAUGUACUCACCCAACACAGCGAUGAUCUGGAACAGUUUAUGGAAAGUCAAGGCGCCGCCAGCCCGGGUAUCCUCAUUUUAACAACGAGCCUCAGCAAACCAUUCAUGCGCCUGGAAAAGUACGUGACCCUCUUACAGGAGCUGGAGCGGCACAUGGAGGAUACGCAUCCAGAUCAUCAGGAUAUUCUGAAAGCCAUCGUAGCAUUCAAAACGCUCAUGGGGCAAUGCCAAGAUCUAAGAAAGAGAAAGCAGUUGGAGUUACAGAUACUGUCGGAACCUAUUCAGGCAUGGGAAGGAGAGGAUAUUAAAACCUUGGGAAAUGUGAUUUUUAUGUCACAAGUAUUGGUGCAGUAUGGAGCAUGUGAGGAAAAAGAGGAGCGGUACCUUAUGUUAUUUUCAAGUGUCUUGAUAAUGUUAUCUGCAAGUCCUCGGAUGAGUGGCUUUAUCUAUCAGGGAAAAAUGCCAGUAGCGGGAAUGGCAGUGACUAGAUUAGAUGAAAUUGAAGGGAAUGACUGCACAUUUGAAAUCACAGGGAACUUAGUAGAGAGAAUCGUGGUCCAUUGCAACAACAGCCAGGACUUCCAGGAAUGGCUGGAGCAGCUGUACAGACUUGUCAGAGGCCCUACCUCCUGCAGCUCGUUAUCCAAAACAUCGUCGUCAUCUUGCAGUGCUCAUUCCUCUUUUAGCUCUACUGGACAGCCCCGAGGACCCUUGGAGCCUCCUCAAAUUAUAAAACCGUGGAGUUUAAGUUGUCUACGACCUGCGCCUCCACUUAGACCAUCCGCAGCGCUAGGUUAUAAAGAGAGGAUGUCUUAUAUCUUAAAGGAGUCUAGUAAAAGCCCCAAAACGAUGAAGAAGUUUCUUCACAAAAGAAAGACCGAAAGGAAGCCCUCAGAGGAGGAGUAUGUGAUUCGGAAAAGUACUGCCGCUCUGGAAGAGGACGCUCAAAUUCUCAAAGUCAUCGAAGCCUAUUGUACCAGCGCAAAUUUUCAGCAAGGCCAUGGCUCAAGUGCUCGCAAAGAUUCCGUUCCGCAAGUCCUACUCCCUGAGGAAGAGAAACUCAUCAUCGAAGAAACUAGAAGCAAUGGCCAGACCAUCAUUGAAGAAAAGAGCCUUGUUGAUACUGUCUAUGCCUUGAAGGAUGAGGUCAAGGAACUGAAACAGGAGAAUAAAAGAAUGAAGCAAUGCCUGGAGGAAGAAUCGAAAUCGAGAAGGGACCUCGAAAAGCUGGUCCGGAGGCUGUUGAAGCAAACUGAUGAGUGUGUACGGGCUGAAUCCACUAGCAAGACCUCGGUUCUUCCGUGACCUCACUGUGCUGCUGGGCGGGGCACACAGGCGUCUUGAAACGUCCAGCUGAAGGAUUUGUCUCAAUCUGCUCACUUCUUUGGUGUUUAAUCUCGCUCUCUCUUUCUCUCUUGCUCGCUCGCUCUCUCUUGUGUUCUCUACAAAAUACUCUGUUUGCUUGAGUGUUUGUUGUUGUUUGGUUAUUGGUUGGUUAUUUUUCAGGAGGGAUAAAAGCAAGAAGGGUGGUAAGAGUCUAUUCCAUUCAAUCAGAGAAGGAAAGCGAAUACAGGCAAGCGACUUCAGUGCCCUGCAGUGGCCUGCAAUUCAGUAUGUCUGCCACAGCCGUGACCCUCAGGUCACUCAGGUCGGGCUUGCUGCUGACCCAAAGCAGCUGGCUGUGGCUUAUUAAAUGUGAACUUCAUGUUUCCCCUAUCUGUGGCUGUAGCCAGAAGCCCCUCAAUACCUAAUUUACUGAAAGCAACGUUUCUUAAGCAAUGACGAGGGUAGAGUGAAAGAGUAAUGCAUUUGCCCAAUGAUCCAACCGCUCUCGCAGACCGUCAGUGCCCCCCCCCCAUGCCCACUUUUAGAAAAUCACUGCCACAUGCCAUGUAUAAGACCGAGGACACGGCAGGGCCCUUAUUCCUUGUGGAUCACUUCACAUUUCUACUCAUCCAUGCCAACCCCAAAUCCAGGGGUCAGUUAUGCUGGCCAGCUUCCCUUCAGCCACAGAGCUGACCGUCUCUUCCCAGUGUACAAUUGGCUCCACCCUCGGUCUUCUUCCUCAUGUGUCAGUGUUAGACUUCCUCAGUGCUUUUGGCCAAUUAUGCCAGACAGUAUGCGUGUACUUUGCUUAUUUUUUAAAAUAUGUAGAUUGUGAGCAGUUACUUUAUCUCAUUGCCUAUUCAAAUCAGGACUUCUCAUCUUUCAAAACAAUUCCACAUUGAGGAGCUGCUGUGCCCUAGUAAAUACCAUCACACACUUGAUGGCUGCCCCCCACUGCUGUGAGGAGUUUGGGCCUCUUUGAGGGGCGGUAAGCAUUUUGUGCAAAAGUGUGCUGUUGGUCCCAUUUGUAUAUCCAGAAAGGGCCCCUCUAAUCGCUACAUGCUGGUAACUAGUGAGGCUGAUCAUUUGGAAUUGGCUUACUCAACUUACUCAUCAAAUCAAGCCCUCACCUUUGUAAAUAUCACAAAAAUUGAAACUGUGAGAAAGCAAGUUUAGGAGAGCCUCAGAUGUCAGCCCAAGGCUCUGGAACAGAGCCUUUCACUCCCAAAGGCAAUGAAAUUUGGCCAAGUGGGGGAAAUCAUUGGCAAGAGAGGCAAAGGGUCAAUGGACUGAUCAAAGUCGAUUCAUCAGUGCUUGCAAUUGUGGGCUUUGCAAAUAAGGAGUUUGACAUCCCGAGCCUGCUGAGAAGCCCUUUUUUCCCUAGUGGGGGGGUGUCUGAAGUUCCCAUAGCCAACUAGUAUUGACUGCUGCACAGCAGAAGUGACGCCAUGCACAGGAAAUUCCUGCAGGCCUCCAUCAGCCCAGCCACACUCAAAUGUCUUUGGAAGUUGAGGUAUGAAGAGGAUUUGUAGGAAUGCCUGCUGUUCUGUUGCUAAGCACAGCAGCUUGGCUAUGCCAUUCUUCACCUAAAAAUUUAAAACAGCACAGAUCUUAGCAUCUGCCCUGUCUGUGGUUACUCAAUGGCUUGCAAUAAAUGUGCAAACUAUAUCCAUAGGAAACAUUUUUGUAAUUACAAAAUACUUUAGUUGAUAAGAUAUAGGAUUGCUUAAAAUAUUGAAAGAUCUUUUAUUUUAGUGACAUGUACAUAUGCAUGUUUGGGGGAUUGGGCCUUUUGAUGAGAGGCCUUUGGUACUCUGGGUAAUGAAGCUUGUGCAGAGAGAUGUCCGCGCUCCACACUAAACAAUCAUAUAAAGGAAAUGAAGCCAUGUUAACCCAAGAGCAGCGUCUCCCUAGUUGUGUUGUUUACAAUACUCUAUAAAUGGGCUCCUGUUACCCUGUAAUGAAAUUUCUGCCCCUAGAGGCCUUUCAGUUCCUCUUCUGUUAUGUCCCUUCUUACACAAGCUCAAAUUUUCUAACUUGUUUUUAUUUGGAAGACUUUUAAAACCGACAUUUUCAAUAAAUAAGAAUACUGAUGCUUUAUAAAAUAAGUCCUGUGUUUCCUUCUUUGGCUUGCAGGUGCCAGAGUUCUCUUUUCCCAACAACAUUUGUUUAUGAAACAUUCCUUUGUCUGUUGGAUGGUCGUAGCUUUCUUAUCAAAGAUCAAUUCCAUAUUUGUGUGGGUUUAAUCUCAGAGCUGGCUACUCAUUAGUUUACACUUUAGUUUUUGUUCCAAUACUGUACUAUUUGAUCAUUACUGCUUUGUAAUAUUGUCUUCCAGGUCCGCUUCCUCUUUCAUUUCCCUCACUCACUAUCCACUCUCAUCAGGUUCCCAGACAGCUACUCCCUUUUCCAGCAGGGGCAGGUAACAUUUGCUCCUUACUUCACACACUAGUCUCUCUUGUUGGAUCUGCCUCCUUGGCCUGUUCCCUUAACACAGCUCCCUUAAUUCAGCUGAUCUUUGACCUCUUUUCUUCAUUCCUGAACUUCUCAGCCCUCUGCUUUUGUCCCAACCUAUACAUUGUCCAUGCCUCUUCACACCAUUUUCCUUCAAUAUUAAAGAAAAAUAUAUACAUUUUUCCUGUUCAACAUUAACCCUCUCUUAGUCUUAUUUCCACUCCUAUUUAUAUUUGCCAGGAUUUUGUCCAGCAAUAAUAUCCUAUACUUUGACCACAGUCGGACUGUUGCUGUCAAGAGAAUGACACA